AUGCGCACCUAUCCCAGGGACAACGAUCAAGAGAAGGCCAUGGGCGUUGCCCCUGUCGAUGGAACUGGUCCGGAAAAUGGCCAUCCAACAUGUCACAUCCAAGAACAACCCCAGAGACCAGUAGCCAACCAACAUUUUGAAGACCUCAACUUCGGAAGCUCCGAAAUAGAUCUGUCUUUCUCCUUCUCUGAGAACAACGUUCCUGAAAAUCAAGUUACUGUCUCGCCCAUCCGAGCCCACAAAAAUGAGAUUACAAUCGGUGACACGCUCGUCACACAAACUACCCCAAAUGUAUGCCAGUCUUCGACCACCACUCACCUGCAAGAUCGAACCAAACUAUCCCCUCCGCGCCCACGAAAUCGCCUAGUCAAAAACAACAGUCGGAGGCACUCCCAGCCGACAGAAGUGGAGAGCAAACGGACAGAAAGGCCGCCCCUCCCACCACCACCUCUGUCUUAUGCCGAUCGAUCAACCAGUCUCGUCCUUCCUGCCGAUCACCAUGUCACAUUCACCGAGGACGCUGUCACUCGACCUCUGACCCGGCCACGCACGACAUCCUACUCCAAAGAAUGGAGACAGAUCGUGAAACAAAACGAGACCUUGGCAGGAAGAGACGCUGAAGGUCGAAUAACCUGGGGUUUUCGUGCUGAUUCAUACAAGGGGUCAGUCAACCCCACGGCUAUUGAAUAUCAAGAGAGCUUAGAUGAGCCCACAAGGUCAUAUGCCCCAAGCCGCACGAUUCAGGAACCCAGAAAUGGAACAGUCUUGGACCUGACGUCACCAGAGAAGAGCCGAAAUUCUGCUUCCUGGUUGAAAAAGAUCUUUUCAAAGAACAAAGAACCUUCCCAUGCCGCAGAUUCAAGCUGA